ACGAUUGACCGAAGAUGGAAGCCGGAGCUUCGUCCUCUGGCGGCACCGCGGCUCUCGUUACCGAGGCUCAGUUUAUUCAGCUUUUCAGAAAACACUUGACAAGAGAAGGGAUUCUGAACUCCCUUUAUCGAGUGCAAAAACUUCCUGAUGGGACCACAGCGUUGCCUAUACUUGGCCAAAGCUUCACAGCGCAGCACCUUCAACAACUCAAGGAGAGCAUACCACAUGGAAAGGCCUGCGCUCUGACAUGGAUACAUAAUCCUAUUCCUUCGAAAGCAGUUAUGGUACGUUCACCCAUUCAGAAGCUGCACAGUGAGCUACAACACCUCAUGUCAAUCCAUGGUGCUGCGUGGUCAGAAGAGCUAGAGAAAGAUCUGCCACGGUCCUGGCAGAGGCAUGGGGACCUUGUUCUUCUAAGCGAGGAUUGCUUUAGGGCAAAGCAGUGGAGAGAAUUUGGCCAAGGACUUUGGCAGGUGGUUGCUGAUGCUUUGGGGGCCCGGCGUUUAGCCAAACGGGGCCGAGUGCAGCCAGAUUUGUUUCGCUCGCCUGCUGUGACCCUGUUGCUGGGUGAGGAUGGUUGGGUUGAACAAGUAGACAAUGGAAUCAGAUACACCUUCGAUGUGACCCAGUGCAUGCUGUCUCCAGGAAACAUAACUGAGAAGCUACGGAUAGCCUCCAUGUUAUGCACAGGAGAAGUAGUGGUGGAUCUUUAUGCUGGGAUUGGCUAUUUCACUCUGCCUUACUUAGUCCAUGCCGGUGCUGCCUUUGUCCACGCUUGUGAGUGGAACCCCCACGCUGUGGAAGCUCUACGGAGGAACCUGCGACUGAAUGCCGUUGAGGAUCGUUGCCACGUUCACCAGGGGGAUAAUAGGAAGGUGGAACUACGGGGUGUGGCUGACAGAGUAAACCUGGGAUUGAUCCCGAUGUCGGAGGAAGGGUGGCCAAUCGCUUGCCGGGUCUUGAGAAAGGAUGUCGGAGGCGUCCUUCACAUACACCAAAACGUUGAGGCUUUCUCAGGAAAGGCACUCGAAUUGUCCCAGCAACCGGAGCAGAAACAGUCACCCGAGCAGGGUCCCGCCCAAGCAAUAUCCAAUGGCCGAGACGAUCGAGUAACUCUGAAGGACCACAAUGUUCUCCAGAACGCUGGACAAUCAUUCACGGCUUCAGCCAAACAAGAAUGGAAGGGCUGGGCAGAAGUCACAGCGACACGGAUCCAGUAUUUGCUUCAGGAUCUGGAUAGGAAACCUUGGAAAACCCAAAUCUUGCAUCUUGAACAUGUGAAAUCGUACGCCCCUCAUGUAGACCAUCUAGUCUUGGAUCUAGAUUGCCGGCCGCUUGAGUAGCAUCUGGAGAAUGUCUUCUCUCCGACUCAGGGGAUCUUGGAAGAAGCAGGGUAUGGGUAUCGCAUUCUGGAUCUUCUUUGCGAGCUGCUUCCCCACUUUCUGAAUCCCGAAGUUAGUGGCUGGAAGUGUCACAUAAUUUUGGGGUUUUUUGUGAAUGCAGUCAGAACUUUAAUGAAUCCUUGAACCCUGGCAGGGUUCUGAACAUAAGAAGGUGAUAGAAGUGAUUUGGGCAGCUAGUUGAUGCCUGCUGGGUUCUACAAAGUAAAUAGCAAUAGCACCUAGACUUAUAUACCGCUUUACAGUGCUUUACAGCCUUAUCUAAGCGGUUUACAGAGUCAGCAUUUUGCCCCCAACAAUCUGGGUCCUCAUUUUAUUCACCUCGGAAGGAUGGAAGGCUGAGUCAACCUUGAGCCUGGUGAGAUUUGAACUGCCAAGUUGCAGGCAGCCGGCAGUCAGCAGAAGUAGCCUGCAGUACUGCCCUCCAACCACAGCGCCACCAUCAAUCCUUCCAGCCUUCUUCCCGAACUAUACUAUUUGCUGGAGAUUCUACAUCCUAUCGAAUAACUUUUGGCAACCAUAGAUUUAACAUGGUUCUUUCCUACAGUGUCUGCAAAAAAGAACGUAGGAAUCGUGGGAAAGAUUACAAACCACAUGAGCUAAAUCCAGCCAUUUGCACACAAAAACAUUUGUUAUUGCCAUUAUUGGUUGAAUAAUCCAAAAUAGUUGGGUUCAUGCAUUAAAUUAAGCCGCAAACCAUUGCAUUCGGCUCACAUGGUUAGAUUCGCACAACAGUUAGAUUAAAAACAAGUCCAUAAUCAUGGUUUAAUUGGCCUUGCACCACGAGAUGAGCGGCAUAUAAAUUUGAUAAAUAAACAAGAAGCCAGCCAAACGUGGUUUUCCAGUGAACAGAAGGAGGACUAGUUCAAGCAAUCAUUAAUAGUUUGAUUCUAAUUCCUUCUGUCAUUUUGUGAAUGAGGAAGAUAAUAGAGUAGAAUGGAAUGGAAUGGAAUAGAAUGAAAUAGACUAUUAGGAGUAGAAUGGAAUGGAAUGGAAUGGAAUGGAAUGAAAUUAGAAUAGAAUAGAAUAGAAUAGAAUAGAAUAGAAUAGAAUAGAAUAG